GAGGAGCAGGAGGGAGGCGGGUGGGAAGAUGGCGGCGGCCGCGGGCCCGGCGCAGCCCUGGAGCGCCGAGGAGCUGCGGAGCGAGGCGCUGGCUAAGAAGGAGAUCAUCAAAUUCCUGCAGGAGAACGCGGCGCAGGCGUUCCUGGCGGAGCACAAGCUGCUGGGGCAGGUGAAGAACGUGGCGAAGACGGCGAACAAGGAGCAGCUGAUCGCGGCUUACACGCAGCUCUUCCACACGCAGCGCUUCAAGGGCACGGACGGCGCCGAGAAGGCGGCGGAGAAGGCGAAGCCGGCCAAGGCGGAGGAGGCCAAGGGGAAGGCGGUGAAGGCUGAGGAGGCUGUGGAGGAGGGGCCACCAAAGUACACAAAAUCCAUUUUAAAGAAGGGAGAUAAAACCAACUUCCCGAAGAAGGGAGACACUGUCCACUGCUGGUACACGGGAAAGCUGCAGGAUGGGACAGUCUUCGAUACCAAUAUUCAAUCAAGUUCAAAGAAGAAAAAAGCAGCCAAGCCCUUGAGUUUCAAAGUUGGUGUAGGAAAAGUGAUCCGAGGGUGGGACGAGGCCCUGCUGACCAUGAGCAAAGGAGAGAAGGCCCAGCUGGAGAUCGAGCCCGAGUGGGGCUAUGGCAAGAAGGGGCAGCCCGAUGCCAAGAUCCCACCAAAUGCGAAACUCUUCUUUGAAGUGGAGCUGGUGGAUAUUGAGUGAAGAAUUCCCUGUGCUGCUGGGAAUCCAUUUCUGCCACAGAGAGCUUCCUGCUGGCCUUGCUGUAACUCCUGGCUCCGGUUACAGCGGUGCCUUUGUGGGGAUGAGUGCUGAGUGUUGUCCCUGCCCCGCUGCUGUAGUGACAGCCCCACCACUAAAGCAGAGUUUGUACCUGCCA